UCAAUUAAAUAAAACCCGACCCACAAGUCUAAAACCCUUCUCCUCUUCUUCCUCCUCAAAAACCCUAAUAUUCCCUCCCUCUAUCUCUGGCUGCGUAAACUUAAAAAUGGUGAAGGCCGGUAAAACUAAAGAGAAAAAGGAAAAAGAGAACAAAGACAACCAAGAAAUACAAUUAAACGAGGAACCGGAUGUAGUAGAAGAAGAAGACGAAGAAGCACGGACCUUUGAAGAGUUAGGGUUAGACCCUAGGCUAAUUCGAGCCCUAAACAAGAAAGAAAUUAGCAUUAUGGAGCCCACUCCAAUUCAGCGAGUCGCUAUUCCUCUAAUACUUCAAGGGAAAGACGUGGUUGCCCGGGCGAAAACAGGGUCAGGGAAGACAUUAGCCUACUUGCUUCCUUUGCUUCAGAAGCUUCUCGGUACGGCUGAUUCGAAUCGAAAAAAGCUUUCACCUUCAGCAUUUAUUCUGGUGCCAAGUGGAGAAUUAUGUCAACAGGUUUAUAAGGAGGUUUCGUCGCUGAUUGAUUCCUGUAAAGUUCAAUUGAAAGUUGUUCAUUUGACCAGCAACAUGCCUGCUUCUGAUUUGCGGAACGCUUUGGCUGGACCGCCUGAUAUUUUGGUAUCUACUCCUUCUUGUGUAGCCAAGUCCUUGUCAGUUGGUGUACUAAAAUCGGAAUCUAUUAAUGACUCACUUGAAAUUCUUGUUCUUGAUGAGGCAGAUCUCUUGUUGUCAUUUGGCUAUGAAGAAGAUCUCAAAGCUCUUACUGCUCUUGUCCCAAGACGUUGUCAAUGCCUUCUUAUGUCUGCAACAUCAAGUGCUGAUGUCGACAAACUGAAGAAGCUCAUUCUGCAUAAUCCAUAUGUUUUGACCUUGCCAGAAGUUGAAGGUGUUAAGGAUGAAGUUAUCCCCAAAAAUGUUCAGCAAUUUUGGGUUUCAUGUGGCGAUCGUGACAAGUUAGUUCAUAUUCUUGCUCUUCUGAAGCUGGAUCUGGUUCAGAAAAAAGUUUUGAUAUUUACUAAUGCCAUUGAUAUGAGUUUCAGAUUGAAAUUGUUUCUAGAGAAGGUAUUCUCAGUUGCUGACUACUUUACUGGGCAUCCAUUGAAUUAUUUUAAUUCAUCUUUGAUUUUGAAAAUAAUUGCUGCUGACACAUAGGAACUUGUCUCUUUGUUGAGAUAUUGGAUAUUGUAUGGGUGAGGUGUUGCACCUAUGAUGUGAAAUGUUGGACUCUGUGCAGUCAAAAAGCUUUGACCUGGGAUAUAGUCUACCUUUUUUUGCAAUAUUAUAUUACCAACUCUGUACAAUCUCUUUCUUUAUCAAUUUUGGACCUGUGU